CCUUCUGGAGAGCCAACCGAAGUCAUUUUAUUUGGCAAAAAUGAAAAUUGUAAUAUUGUGGACGUGACAAAAUCAUUACACGUUUUUGAACAAGUAGGUGUAGGCUUAAACCAAAACGAAGUAUUUCAAAUUGCUCUCGCUCUUGAAAAACUUGGAGCUAGCCAUCCACUGGAGAAAAUUAGAUUCUGGGGAAAGAUCUUAGGAACAAAAAGGAACUAUAUUGUAGCAGAGACGUGUUACAUUGAAGGGGCGGAGGAGGAGGAGGAGGAGGAAGAAGAAGAAAUAAUGAAAGAAGAAGAGAAACAACAGCAAGAUAGAGAAGGAAAAUCUGGUGAAGAGGAUAAACCGCCUUAUCCAAGUUUCAAACCUCCACCUUUGAUUCCUUCUGAAGACGUAGGAACCGGAACUAAUAAGUUUACGUAUUUCAUUUGUUCGAAGCCUGGAGAUGAAUGGAUUCGGUUACCAAAAGUCACGCCUCUACAAAUCGUAGUAGCUCGUCAAAUCAAGAAGUACCUGACUGGACACUUGGAUGCUCAGGUUUCCAGUUACCCGCCAUUCCCUGGUAAUGAAGGUAACUAUCUUCGGGCACAGAUUGCUCGUAUCUCGGCUGGGACGCACGUUUCUCCAAUAGGGUACUACCAAUUUGAAGAAGAUGAAGAAGAAGAAGAGGAUGAAGAAGGUAAAAAUCGCAUUAUAGAGAAUUCAGAGUAUGAACCAAUAAGCUUGGAAGACUUAAUUAGCCAAGAACUGUCUUCUUGGGUACAUCAUGCACAACAUAUUCUACCACAGGGUCGGUGUACGAGGUACAUGUCUGAGAAAAGAGAUGGUAAAAAUUCUGAAGAAUCUGAAGGUGAAGAAUCUGAAGAAUUGGAAGAAUCAGAUUCAUCUGAACGCGAAAUCGGGCCACCUCUGCUUACACCACUGUCUGAGGACGUUGCGCUGGACAGAACUCCUCCAUGGACGCCAUACCUAAGUUCUCGCUUGCUGCCAACCUCUGCUGUCGCGGUUUUAAGAUCUAACUUGUGGCCAGGAGCUUACACAAUCAGCGAUGGAAAAACUUUUGAGAACGUUUACAUCGGUUUUGGGCACAAAUACUCGGUUAUUCCUUGCAACCCUUCACUACCUCCAACUCCUCAGGAAGAAUAUCCUAGUGGUCCUGAGAUCACCGAAAUAGAGGAUCCGAGGCCAGAAGAAGAAGAAGAACUGAAAGAAGCACUGGAAGAAGAACAAGAAGGAGAGCCAUCCGAAGAAAUGGAGGAAAGCGAAGAAGAAAAUGAGGAGAACUGA